AUGGCGGAUGGCGGGUGGGGUGCGGAGGCUGAGGCGGGCGGGGGCGGAUGCGUGGGCGGGGGCGGCGAGUGGGGCGCGCGGGGGGCGGCGCUCGAGCGUGCGUACGUGCACGACGUGUACGAGCAAGCGGGCGAGGACGGGGACGAUGCGCGCGCGCCCGCACCAGGAGUACACGCGUUCCUGUCGGACCUAGAGCCGGGCAGUCUCGUCUGUGACGUCGGCUGCGGCAACGGGAAGUACCUGAGCGUGAACCCGUCCGUGUACACGGUGGGCGGCGACCGGUGCACGCGGCUCACGGCGCACGCGCGCCACCACAAUAAUGAAGUGGUGGCGUGCGACAACUUAUGUCUGCCGUUCCGCGACGAGUCGUUCGACGCCGUGCUCUCGAUCGCGGUGGUGCAUCACUUCGCGACGGUCGAGAGGCGGGCCAUGGCACUCAGGGAACUGGCCAGGGUCACCAGGAUAGGAGGGCGGCUCCUGCUCACCGUUUGGGCUAUGGAGCACGAAGGCCGGAACUUUCACUCACAGGACGUCCUCAUUCCAUGGCAUCGACCAGCGACUUUGUGCCCUCCAACACCAGCACCUCGAUUCCUCUCAGUCGAUAACGAUCAACACCCUUGGAAAAACCGCGACGUCUCCCCGGGCUCGUCGUCACUCUCGUCGCCCAACGAAACCUGCUACUCGUUCGUCCGUAGAGCGCUGCAGCGGCUCGCGGGGCGCCGCUCGUUCCUGCCGUCGUGGGGGCUCGCGCGCGGGCCACCCCGCCCCUGCGUCCGCCCCGAGCCCCCCGCCGCUGACUUACCUAUAGAACUACGCCGCCUCGAUGAACCUCUACCACCCAGACUCAUACCUCGAUCAUCAGAAACUUCCGCCGUCAAAUCGAGAAGUCUAACUGAUAUCGCCGACGUGGAACGACGCGCCCUCGUCCGAUCCCGAUCGAGUUUGCCGAGUUUGACGGGAGAUGACGACCCGCCACCGCCGCGACCUCCUCCGGAGACGACCGAACCAAGGAAGAAGCCGCGCCUCGUCAAACAGAAGAAAUCGAUCAACGAGGACGACGCCGAAGACUCGGAUAAACCGACCGACAUGAAGAGCAUGGUCGACGAGAUGCCAAAUUUCAAAAUACACACGUACAGAUUGGAGUCGAAGAAGCCGGGCGUGUUCAAGCAGACUUCGCUGAACGAGGACUUGAUGUCCGCAGAUAGAUUGAGAGAGAAGGAGCGCCUCAGGAAGAACAUACAGAAGCAGGCGUCCCUCAACGAGGAGUAUCUGUAUCGGAGACCGGGGGCGUUGGACACUAUCCGCGACUCGAUAUUCUCGACAUCAGCCACUACCGCGAAAAAGUUUCAGUCACUCAAAAACGGCCUCACUAGUAAAUUUAAGACGUCGACAACGAAUAUAGAUAAGGUGACAGUGUUCGUGCGAAUGCUGCAAGGAUGGAAGAACCACGGCCCGGUACCUGAAGUUCCUACGCCGAGCGACAAUAACAUCGCGACCGAUAAACCUUACCCGGAGCGGCGGCAUUCUCGGGAAGACGGCUCCGAUUCCUCGAAAGAUAGUAGCCUUCAGAGUGAUACGAGUGUCGAUUCAGAGGAUAGUUUCGCAUCUGUGAUAUACGUACCGAAAGCGGAUGGCUCCGGUGAUCCUCUGUCGCCGACGCCUCUUUCCCCCGGCCCAACUUCACCGAGACUCAAAGUAUCAUCAGUACCGACAUCACCUAGAAUGAAGAGCUCCCCUGGGCUGCCGUCCCCGAGAAUAAAACAAGCUUUCCCACUUAUUCGUCCACCAGCGUCACCGAACGCCGUUCAAACGCCUACGACGGUCAAUAAAAUUUUAGUCGCACAGUACAGUUUGAAAAAUUACUCUACUACUUCAAUUUGCGCCAGUCCCAUAAAACCUCAGUCUAAAAGCCAACCGAAUUCUCCUCCAAAGUCAGAGUCAGACGACAGUACCAUAAAACCAGAAAUCAUCCCGAUCAUGAAUAAAAACAUUUCCAUGGAAGUUUUUGAAGAAGUCGACCCUAUACCACCUAUCAAAGAAGAAGAAGAAUCUCCUACUCCGACAGAAGUGACGAAGGAACUUUUGGCAGAAAUAAAUAAAGACAUAGAGGAAAUACACAAAUUAACCGCCGAAACUAAUCAACUGAAGCCUCGAGUAGUACUUCAAGAUAUAAAGCCAUAUCCGAAAAUCACAUUACAGACCGUAGCAGAGUUGCCGGAAAUACCACAGUUUAAGCCAAAGGAAUCUAAUAAAUCUCCAAUAGCAGAUAGCUUAGACUCCAGGGUGGCUGAACGAAAACGAAAAGAGAGAAUAAGACAGAUCAAAGAAAUGCUCAAUAAAGGUAUCCCAUCGGUAAAUUUAAAUAGGAGACCACCAUUUCCGAUCGUACGAAGCACCAGUAAAGCCGAGCCUAUUGCUAAAAGUCGACCGACGUUAAUGUCGUUAGAGCUUUUUAAUCCAGCCGUGGAUGAUAUGGACAGUGACUCGAGUGGUGUUUCAUCGCCAGAUUCAGUGGACAGUGUCAUUAGCGUCGUACCCGAGGAAUUACGCAAAGCAGCACAAAAGAAAGACUUACCAACGCCGCCAGCAACAAUAAUAGAACCAAAGAAAGAGAAAACACCCCAAGCGCCACAAAGCUUAAUCGAAGCUGCAGCUGAAGUUGCACACUCGUUAGAUGAGACGUGUGAAGCAGUAAUACAAUCAAGCCCGCGGUCAAAAAGGAAACAUUUAGAUAAAUUGGAAGGCGGUGAAGCCCUUGCCAUCAUUCAGGGAGCUUCAAGUAGCAGCAGCAGUAGUAACUGGAGCCUGAAUAAACUUUCUCCCGGUGAUCUGAGAAUAUUAGAAGACAAAUCGAGGUCCCAAUCGCAUACGAGUUCUAGCGGAAGCACGUCGAGUUUGGAAAGACUUUCACCUGGUAGAAGAUCAAAGGAUCGUUCACCGAAACAAGGUAGCACCAGUAACUCUACGUGGAGUCUAAACAGACUUUCACCAAAUAGACCCGAAGGACGUUCGCUCGACGAAAAUUUAAGCAGAAAUCACAGAAGUCCCACGCGAUUCCCUUAUGAUUCAGUGUCAAUAUCCAGUACGGAUUCGGAAAAAUCUAUUUCUAAAUCUGAAAGCUUCAAUCGAAUACAGAAUGAACCACUCAUAACUUGCAAGUCGGAUAUGAUAGCGAAGGAAGAAGAUUGGGUAAACGAUCAACAAGAUCGAGGGCAACAUUUGACGGAAUUUGCUGAGAAACUUAGUGAAAAAUUAUUGCAGGAGAUCGAUCAAUAUUCAAAACGAAUAAACGAAGAAGAUUUCGAUCUGCCAAGCAGUAGCAGCAGUGAAAAAAGUAUUUCACUGAGACUGAAACGUGAAGAAGAGGACAGGAACACCCAAAAAAUAUUAGACGAGCUUUCCAAUAGUUUACAACAUUUAGAAGACCCCUAUGCUAAUAAAAUAAAUAGCGACCUGCAAGGUCUGAAUAAACUGAACACCGAAAUGCAGGAUCGAACUAAAUACAUAGUAGGUGCAAGCGACGUUCAAGAGACUGACAUCAACAAACUGUUUCCUAAAUGUGGCUCUAAAAUUAAAAGCAAAAAGAGAUCGAAGGAUGUGGAUCCUAUUAUAAAUAAGUAUAGAGAAUUGAAAAAGUCAAUGAAGGUGACGAGUGAAGAAGACAUUUAUCUUAAUAAUUGUGCCAAUAUUCAAUACAAUAUUAAACCUAUAUCUACAGAGGAGAAGCUGCCAGAUACGGACACGAAAAAUCCAGACGACGAUAGUGCUAUAUGUUCUAGUAACGGGAAUCCGGAGAUAACAAUUGACUCUGGUGCUUACGACACGAGCCAAUCAUUAGAGACUGGCUACUCAUUAGAAUCAGAAAUUAGCGUUGACUCGUUAUGUACCAGCACAGACAAGAGAUCUUCUUUAAAGGUCGGACAAUCGACGGAUUCCAGCGAUUUGGACAAAAUGGAGAUAAGUCCUGAAUCGGUCACGUCACGGUCUAGUGCGAGCACGGCGCCUUUAAAGUCUGGGUUCUCGAUAGAGUCCAGCGACACCUCCGCAGGUAGCGAUUGGAGUAGACGAGACAAAACUGGUAGUACAGCGUCUUUGGGAUGUGCUAGUUUGGCUUCUCUGCCCUCUUGCAGUGAAUGCUCGAAAGAAAGAAAAUUGAUAGAGACUCGAUCCUCGUCUGAAGACGCAACGAAUGCUCCACCUGUUCAGACCAGAGCGAUACCGCACGCGCCGCUACUGCCUUCUUUGAGCGACGGAUCCGACAGCCUUCCUUCAGAAGGCGGCGCUGUAACCUACCAUAGAUACUACCACGUCUUCAAGAGAGGGGAAUUGGAUCAGCUCAUAGAGAAAUACGUCGAAAGUCUCCACGUCGUCUCCUCGUUCUAUGAUCAGGCUAGCUGGUGCGUUAUAGCGGAGAAAGUUCAAGUGUGGACCAUUUAA